CAGACUUUUCUCGAGAAUUGACAGGGUGCUUAUAUCUCAGGAGUUCGAUCGUUUGUUCCCGGACUGUUCUCUGACGGCUAUGGAAAGAAUCGAAUCUGAUCACAAUCUUAUUGUUAUGAAAUGGGGCGAGAACAAGAAAGUGAGAAGACCGUGGAGAUUUCAGAACAUGUGGCUGGAAGAUCCUAGAUUUUUUCAAGAACUCGAUAUCUGGUUGGGAGAGAAUGCGCAGGGUACAGGAGAUAUCUUUCUAUUUGCAAGGAAGCUGCACUCGAUUAAAGCUAAACUUAAAGUUUGGAACAAAGAAGUCUUCGGCAAUAUUGAUAAAAGGGUGGAAGAUCUUCUGAUCAAAAUCAAGGAGCUGGAAAGGGUUGAAGAAGAAAGAAUUCUGCAUGACGGUGAAAGAGAAGAGAGAGCUAAGCUGGAAAUUGAUCUGAGAAGGGAUUUGCUUCUUCAAGAGAUUUGCUGGAGACAAAAAUCUAGAGAAGUCUGGGUGAAACUAGGUGACAAGAACAGCGGUUACUUUCAUCAAAUGGCAAAUUACAGACGCAAGGUAAACAGAGUGGAAAAGCUUAAGAUUGAGGGGAGGAAUGUUGACGACCCGGUGGAUGUUGCUUCAGGGAUUGUGCGGUUCUAUCAAAAUCUAUUUAAAGAAGACUUGGUGAGUCGUCCUUUUCCAUGUUGGGUUUGGGAACAUCAUCUCGAGGAGUUGGAUAAGGUGCUGCUUUGUCGGGAUUUCACAGAAGAGGAGAUCUGGGACGCCCUGAGGGAGUGUGACGGCAGCAAGGCCCCGGGGCCUGACGGGUUUACUCUGGAAUUCUUCAAACGGGGGUGGAGCUGCCUAAAAAGCGAAGUUCUAAGGGUUUUUAAGGAGUUUCAUAGCACAGGUGCACUUCCAAAGUGUGUUAAACAUUCUUUUGUUUGUCUGGCACCAAAAAAGGAUGUGGUGGAAGAAAUUAAAGACCUUCGCCCGAUAAACCUGAUUGGCAGUAUUAAUAAACUGAUCAACAAGGUUUUAUCCAAGAGAUUAGGGGUUGUCCUCCCUAAACUUAUCUCCAAACAGCAGCACUCUUCUGUGAAAGGGAGGCAAAUUGCGGAGGCAGGCUUAAUUGCGAACGAAGUGGUGGAGAGCAGGAGGAAGAGCAGAAAACCGGGUCUCAUGUUCAAGCUCGAUAUUGAAAAGGCGUUCGAUAACGUAAACUGGGGGUGCCUUUUGAAGAUUAUGGAGCUGAUGGGGUUUCCAGUGCGGUGGAGGAAUUGGGUCAAAGGUUCGAUGUUUGAUUACAAUGUUUCGAUUCUCAUUAACGGAGAAGCUAACGGUUUCUUCCCGGUCUCCAAAGGUCUUCGCCAAGGGGACCCCAUAUCCCCAGGUCUGUUCGUGAUGGUGAUGGAUGUGUUAUCCUUGAUGCUGGAAAAGGUGAGAGCUAACGGGAUGUUUGAAGGCUUCUUCAUGGACGAGAAGAAAAAGAUCGGGGAAGUUACUCACCUGCUUUAUGCUGAUGACACCUUAAUUUUCUGUGACGCGAACCAUGAUCAGGUUCUGAAUAUUCUGGCUACUCUUGUGAUGUUUCAAAUGGUAACUGGAUUGCGGAUUAAUUUGGAAAAAUCAGUAAUGUAUUCGGUGGGGGACGUAGCCGAUCCGAGUUAUUUUGCUGCGAUAUUCGGGUGCAAAUGGAGUAGUGAGUCUCCGAAGUACCUAGGAUACCCCCUGGGUGCGAAUCCAAAUGACAGAUCGGUUUGGGAUGGAAUUGUGGAGAAAUACCAAAACAGACUUAAUGGUUGGGGAAGUAGAAAGCUGUCUUAUGGUGCGAGACUCGUUCUGAUUAAUGCUGUCCUCUCCGGCUCGCCAACUUACUUGUUUUCUCUUUUCAAGGCCCCGAAAGGUGUCAUUAAGGAUCUUGAAGGAUACCAGAGGAGGUUUCUUUGGAACGGAAAGUCGGAGGGUAAUAAGAUGGCCUUGAUAGAGUGGGAGUGGUGUAAAUCACCUGUGAAGAAGGGAGGUUUGGGCAUCCACGACUUAGAGAGAUUCAACGACGCUUUGCUAUCAAAAUGGUUAUGGAGAUUUGCAACUGAAAGAGACAGCUGGUGGCGAGGUUUGAUUAACUCCAAAUAUCCGAAUGAUUUAUCGAGUUGGCAGACUAAGAGGGAAAGACAUGGGUUCUCCAGGUCGGUUUGGGCUAACAUCAGCAAAGAAUAUGAUUCGUUCUGGAACUACGCGGCUAUUGAUCCGGGAAAUGGUACUCAAGUCUCCUUCUGGCACGAUUGUUGGAUCCCGGGGAUUGUGCUGUCUGCUUCGUUUCCGCGCGUCGCUGCUGCUGUCCUUGAUCCUGAAGCCCGGCUUUCUGACGUUGCAAAUACCCAGGUCCUUGCAGGGUACUCUGGAAACAAGAGGCUAACUCCAAGUUCUCAGUGAAAUCUCUGUAUACGGAGCUGGUCGGCAGUCACUCGAGAGAGAUUGAAGAGUUCCCUGCGAAGAUUGUGUGGAUUCCGUGGAUUCAGAGUAAAAUCUGCUUCUUCACUUGGCUCGUUUACCACAAUAGAGUGCUAUCACUCGACAACCUUAAGAGAAGAGGCCUGUACUUGGCUAACAGAUGUGUUUUGUGUAAGAAAGAUGAGGAGAGUGUUCAGCACUUGCUUGUGGAUUGUGAUUUUGUUAGGAGAAUCUGGAUUUUGAUGUAUGGCAGGAGAAGCAGAACACCGAGCUUGAAUGGGGCGAUCGCCCAUGUUUUAGCAAAUUGGGUUUCAGCAGAUGGAGACGGAAUUGAGAAGUGGUUCGAUGUUUGUAUUCUACACUCCGUCUGGUGGGCUGUGUGGCUCGAGAGGAAUCAGCGGACAUUCGAAGACAAAGAUACCUGCUUGUUGGUGGUGGGAAAAAGGGCAGCGAGGAAGGCAAUCGAAUGGAUCGUGGUACAGGGAAAGACGCAGAAAGCAGAGGGGAGAAGAUGGCUGGUUGAAAAAGGUUUAGUCUAAUUACUGAGCUGGAAGGUUUCAGUUGCUGUUGAUUUCCCGUGUUUACAGCUUGCUGCUUCUGGGUUUGGCAUGGUUCGAUGCGGGCGUGAGAUGGAAUUUGUUUGCUGCGUGAGGUCUUGGAUGGCGGCCUUGUGGAUCGUGGUGGGCGUGAUGUUUUGUCGUCCUCAGGCAGCUUGGUUUGUAGGUGGUCUCCUGUGUUUGGGGGAUAUGUGGAGUUGGUGCUGUGGCUUGUGUGCGGUUGUCCGCCCCUGCUGGGGCUUUUGUGUAAGUCUGGGAGACGCUGUUUUGUUCCGGCCUGGAUGCCUCCCAUUUCUGGCCUUGACGUUUUUUCUUCUUCCUUUCUUUUUGUGUUUUUAGUUUUAGCCUUUCCCCCUGGAUCAUUUCUCUUGAUCCGGUUUUUCUUUGUGUACAGUUGUUUAUCUUUGGUUAAUAAAAUUUCACCAUUAUCAAAAA